CUAAAUUUCAAACUCCUCGCUCCUCCUGCCAAAUUUCUCCGAGAUCGACCAGCCUGGCUUCGCCACUCGACUUGUCCGUGGUAUUGGUAAGCCAGGCUGGUCACGAGCCUAGGAUUAUGGGAUGUUCCGGCAAUGGCUUGUCGUUGGUAUAAAACCCUCCAAAAAAUCAGGUUUCGCAUACCGUUUCAACCGCCAUCUUAUUGUUCGUGGUCAUUGUUGUGAUUCACAUCGUAGAGUAAGUGCUCGUCACUGUUGCCGUUAAUGCCAGUCGCAUGAGUCAUCGCAUGCGGGGUACCCGAACAGGCGGGCUCCGAGCCUCGCCUCCACGGAUCUUCUACGGAUCAUCAUUUAUCUAUUGUCUUUUACUCUUCGCCGUGCUUGAGCUCUUGUUGACCAACUUCAUCAUCAGACUUCAUAUCCGUUCACCACAAUGGUUCAUCCCCACCAGACACCCUAUGUUACACCCCACAUCUUGCACAAGAAUUACGCUCAGGCUUUUGACAAUGAAUUUCAUAGUAACCUCAUUGGCCGUGACCUCGAGUAUUUCUCGCAGGCUGGGUUUGACAUGGACAGGAUCCAGCUAAAGCGCAAUGCUCCUGUAGCUCAGCUUUACGAAGAUGCCAUCCGCAACGAAGGAGCGAUUAUCUCCUCUUCUGGCGCACUCAUCAACUUUUCUGGUAAGAAGACCGGUAGAAGUCCUAAAGACAAGCGAAUCGUCUAUGAGGAGACAAGUAAGGAUGAUAUAUGGUGGGGCUCCGUGAACAUUAAGAUGGAUGAACACACGUUCGAGAUCAACCGCGAGCGUGCUAUUGACUAUUUGAAUACGCGCGACAACGUCUACGUCUUCGAUGGUUUUGCUGGUUGGGAUCCCAAAUACCGUAUCAAAGUCCGGGUCAUUUGUGCCCGUGCAUAUCAUGCUCUGUUCAUGAAUAACAUGUUGAUCCGCCCGACCGAGGAAGAGCUUGCAAGUUUUGGCGAGCCCGACUUUAUCAUUUACAAUGCUGGCCAAUUCCCCGCGAACCGCUUUACUAAGGGCAUGUCCUCCACUACGUCGGUGGAAAUAAACUUCAAGCGCAUGGAAAUGGUCAUCCUCGGCACUGAGUACGCCGGCGAGAUGAAGAAGGGUGUCUUUUCCGUCAUGCACUAUCUUCAACCUGUCAAGUUCGGCCAGCUCUCCCUCCACUCAUCUGCCAACGUUGGGAUGGAGAAGGGCGACGUUACCCUAUUCUUUGGUCUUUCAGGAACCGGAAAGACCACACUCUCCGCUGAUCCGAACCGCCUUCUCAUUGGUGAUGAUGAACACGUGUGGUCAGACACUGGGGUGUUCAACAUCGAGGGAGGAUGCUACGCCAAGUGCAUCAACCUUUCGAGCGAGAAGGAGCCCGAGAUAUUCAACGCCAUUCGUUUCGGCUCCAUUCUGGAGAACGUCGUAUACAACCCUUUAACGCGUAUCCCGGAUUAUGAUGAUGUUGGCAUCACGGAGAAUACGCGCUGCGCAUACCCGAUCGAAUACAUUCCAAACGCCAAGAUCCCAUGCAUGGUGGACAGACAACCAAGCAACAUUAUCAUGUUGACGUGUGACGCGUUCGGUGUCCUCCCCCCUGUAAGUAAACUUACCGCAGAUCAAGCAAGCUACCACUUCCUUGCUGGCUACACCUCGAAAACGCCUGGCACGGAGGAUGGUGUCCUCGAACCUAUUCCAACAUUCUCGACCUGCUACAGCGCACCUUUCAUCGUGUUACACCCUGGACGCUACGCAGAAAUGCUGGCCGAGCGCAUGUCCAAACAUAACGUAUCUUGCUGGUUAAUCAACACGGGCUGGACAGGUGGCAAGUUCGGCACUGGCAAGCGCUGCCCACUUAAGUACACCCGCCGUAUCGUCGAUGCUGUACACUCCGGGGAGCUUCUGAACAGCGAGUUCGAAACCUUUGGCGGCUUCGGACUCCAGAUUCCUACCGCGGUAGAGGGUGUUCCACGCGAAGUGCUCAACCCUCGUUUGGCCUGGGCAGACAAGGAAGCUUUUGAACGGGAGGUUCGCAAGCUCGCGGGCAUGUUCCAGAAGGCGUUCAAGUUGUACGAGAGCGAUGUACAAGAAAGCGUGAGGUUGGCAGGUCCCCGGGUGGAUUAGAGUCCAUUUCUCCUUAUUUAUAAUUUAUAACGCGGAUGUAGAGUGGAGUUAUAUCGCUAUCUAAACCAAAUCUGAACUGUACUCUACUAUACUUCAUGUGUAUGUACCUGAAUGUACAAGCCGGACGAAUUCGAAUGCAUACUGCGGACCU